AUGCCUAGAUGCGGCCGCGACCAGGAGGGGGUGUGGGUGGGGACAACACCCAUCCCAGCAAACCAAGCCCAUCUUCUGCUGAGAUGUGAUCCCCAAACUUGCGAGGCAGACCCCCUUUGA